UAAACUGCCGUGAAGAGCAACAAAUUCUGAGCAUUUUCAACAACUUGGAUACGAUUUGCAUAUAAUGUCAUCAACAUGUGGAUUAAAUAUGGUUUUCAUGUCGAUCAUUUUCAUUAUCAUCGUAAAUGGCUACGCAAAAGAUAUUUCUGGAGUUGAAAGAGGUCGUGAGCGACUCAACGAAUACAUAUCCCACUAUGAAACACUCAACUAUGAUCAUGAGCACAUUGGAGCUAGUCACAAUAGAGCGCGUAGAUCGGUGACCAAAAAUCAAUAUGUACAUUUAAAGUUUGCAGCGCAUGGAAGAGACUUCCAUCUUAGAUUAAAACGUGAUUUAAAUACAUUUAGCGAUAAGUUAGAGUUUUAUGAUAAUAAUGGCCCCAUUGAUGUAUCAACGGAUCAUAUAUAUGAGGGCGAAGUGAUAGGGGAUCGUAAUAGCUAUGUCUUUGGUUCUAUACACAACGGUAUAUUCGAGGGUAAAAUUAUAACGGAACGUGAUGCGUAUUAUGUUGAACAUGCCAAACAUUAUUUUCCCACAAAUCGCACAACGACCAACACGAAUACAGCAACGGCGGCAGCGCUGUCGGCAGCACGAAAAGCCAACGCAAAAAAUAACAACAACAACAGCAACAACAACAAAACUGCCAUUGAUAAUAAGACAGAAAAGUUCAUAAAUAAAAAUGUUGAAACCACAAGCAGCAGCACAACUUCAACAACUGCUGCCUCCAGCCCAUUGCAACAUUCAUACACAACAGCAACAACAAAUACAAGUAAAGCAGCCCAUGCAACACCCCCCACGUCGUCGUCUGCGUCUGCUAACGAACAGGACGAACUUGAUUUUCACUCCAUUAUCUACAAGGAUUCACACGUUGAGGAUGCCUACGAAAAUGUGCGCGAAGGUCACGUGGCCGGCUGCGGCAUAACCGAGGAGGUCUCCCAAUGGAUGGAGAAUAUACAAAACUCGGCAGUCGAGGAGCUGCCCGUGCCAAUGUCCAAGGAUGUGCAAAAGCAAAAGCAACAACAACAUCCGCCCAAGAAGUACACCAGCAGCAACAAUGAGGAGGACUUUAAGUUUCCACAUCAGAAAUACACCAAGGAGGCCAACUAUGCCGAUGGUUACUUCUAUGAUCCGUCCACAGGACGACGGCUCGGCAACACGGCCAAUGUGGCCGACUGGCAUCAGCUGGUGCACGAGCGCGUGCGUCGCGCCAGCGGUGGCAACAACAACAACAACGGCCAGGCUGCCUCCAAUGGCAGCGGCAGCAGCUCUGCUGGCAGCUCCUCUCGCAAUCGCGAGGACAACAAGAACACCUGCUCGCUAUACAUACAAACAGAUCCAUUGAUUUGGCGACACAUACGCGAGGGCAUUGCCGAUCACGAUCGUGGUCGCAAGUAUGAGGUGGAUGUAAAGACCCGCGAGGAAAUCACAUCGUUGAUUGCACAUCAUGUGACAGCCGUUAAUUACAUUUACCGCAACACAAAGUUCGAUGGACGUACCGAGCAUCGCAACAUACGCUUUGAGGUGCAACGCAUUAAAAUCGAUGAUGACUCUGCUUGCCGCAAUGCCUACAAUGGACCACACAAUGCUUUCUGCAAUGAGCACAUGGAUGUGUCCAACUUUUUGAAUCUGCACUCGCUUGAAGAUCACUCAGACUUUUGCCUAGCCUAUGUCUUUACCUACAGAGACUUUACGGGCGGCACUUUGGGUCUGGCCUGGGUGGCCAGCGCAUCGGGCGCCUCGGGCGGCAUUUGCGAGAAGUACAAGACGUACACGGAGACAGUCGGUGGGCAGUACCAGAGCACCAAGCGCUCUCUGAACACGGGCAUCAUCACAUUCGUCAACUACAACAGUCGUGUGCCGCCCAAGGUAUCGCAGCUAACGUUGGCUCAUGAGAUUGGCCACAAUUUUGGUUCACCGCACGACUAUCCACAGGAAUGCCGUCCCGGCGGUUUGAAUGGCAACUACAUAAUGUUUGCCAGCGCCACCUCCGGCGAUCGUCCAAACAACUCCAAGUUCUCGCCAUGCUCCAUACGCAAUAUAUCCAAUGUGCUGGACGUGCUGGUGGGCAACUCCAAACGGGAUUGCUUCAAGGCCUCGGAGGGCGCCUUCUGCGGCAACAAGAUUGUGGAGUCGGGCGAGGAGUGUGACUGCGGCUUCAAUGAGGAGGAAUGCAAAGACAUUUGCUGCUAUCCACGGCUCAUUAGCGAGUACGAUCAGUCGCUCAAUAGCAGCGCCAAGGGCUGUCGACGUCGCGCCAAGACGCAAUGCUCGCCCUCGCAGGGACCCUGCUGUCUGUCCAACUCGUGCACAUUUGUGCCCACGCAUUUCCAUCAGAAGUGCAAGGAGGAGACCGAAUGCAGCUGGUCCAGCACCUGCAACGGCACCACAGCCGAGUGCCCAGAGCCGCGUCAUCGCGACGACAAGACCAUGUGCAACAAUGGCACCGCGCUCUGCAUACGCGGCGAGUGCAGUGGCUCGCCCUGCCUGCUCUGGAACAUGACCAAGUGUUUCCUCACCUCGAACACGCUGCCGCACGUGGACAAGCGCAAGCUGUGCGAGCUGGCCUGCCAGGAUGGCAACGAUACCAGCACCUGUCGCAGCACCAGCGAGUUUGCAGCCAAAUAUAAUAUUGCUCCGGGUGGCAUAAGCCUGCAGCCGGGCUCGCCUUGCGAUAACUUCCAGGGCUAUUGCGAUGUGUUUCUCAAGUGUCGCGCUGUCGAUGCAGAUGGGCCGCUUGUGCGGCUCAAGAAUCUGCUGCUGAACCGCGAAACGCUGCAAACUGUAGCCGAGUGGAUCACUGGCAACUGGUAUCUGGUGGUGCUCAUGGGCGUUUGCUUCAUUGUCGUCAUGGGCGCCUUCAUCAAAUGCUGUGCCGUGCACACGCCCAGCUCCAAUCCAAAGAAGCGACGUGCGCGACGCUUCAGCGAAACGCUGCGUGCGCCAAUGAACACAAUACGACGCAUGCAACGUCAUCCGCAUCAGCGUGGCGCAGGACCACGCAGCAUACCGCCGCCAGCACAUGAAGCGCAGCAUUAUCCACAAAGAGGUAGUGGUGGUGGUGGUGCCGGCGGUGCAGGAGGUGGUGGUGCUGGUGGUGGUGGUGGACGCCAUGGCAGUCGCUCGCAUCAUCACAAUGCGCAUCCGCAUGAGUGGGAUCGUCAGCAGGGCGGGCAUUCGAUUGUGCCGCUGCCCACAGGCGGAAGUCAUGCCAGUCGCAAUUCAGCUGCCAAUCAAGCGCGACGCAGCGAUGGACGUGGACCGCGUCCCAGCAGCAGUGGACGAGCACCAGGAGCAGCUGCAGCAGCACGUUCCGGGUAUGGCGCCGAGCAGGCAACAACGGCAGCGGGCGCGGCUGCCAUUGGUGGUGGUGUGCAGGCGGCCAUUAGCAGCGGUGGCGUCGUAGCGCGUGCUCAGCUGCCGCUGCCAAUGCCGCCGGCCAAUGCACAGCAGCAGCAACAGCAACAACAACAACAGCAACAUGCACUCUCACCGCAGCAACAAUCUCAAGCGUUUUAUGCGCCGAAAGGCGUCGCACCACCGCCGCCGCUACAAGUAAGCUAUAGUCGACCGACAUCGCUGCAUGAGCAACAGCAGCAACAGUUGCAGCAGCAGCAGCACGCCUACUCCGAUGCCUAUGCGGCUUUGGGGCGUGGCCAGUACGAGUCGACGACGCGGGCGUCCAGCGAUAAUAAAGUUUGACAACCAAAACUCAAAUCGGAGCGCCAUAAAAAAUCCAAAGCAAAGCGACAAAUGAAGCAGCAGCAGCAACAACAACAAAUACAACAACAACAACCGAAAUCAAAUGAACUCAAAUUAAAUGUAAAUGUAAUUUUUAUGCUAAUUAUUUUUAUUUAAACAUGAUAGAAAGCGAAAAUCUAAAUUCAUAUGUACCAAGAGCAGCAAGAAAGCAAAACUGAACGAUAUUUUUUAUUAAAUUAAUUGAACAAGCAAGCAAAUCAUUAUUAUUAUAAAUAAUUAAAAAUGCAAAUUGCUAUAUAUACAUAUAAAUCUAUAUAUAUAUACAUAUUUAACGAUUGUGCGUACUUAUUUACAAAGCGGCAACAAAAACACAAAAUAAAAAUGUAUGCAGAAAAAAAAGUAAAUAAAAUAAAAGUAAAACUAAAAGCAUAAAUGUCGAACAUUUACAAAGAAGUAAUUAAAAUUAAAUGCGCAAAUAUAUAUAUAUAUAU